AUGUCGCCCCUGAGACUUACCAUAGAAGAUGGCUUCUUUCGCGACUCCCAUGGACGAGAGGUUACCCUUCGAGGCAUUAACGUAGCAGGAGAUGCCAAGUACCCCAGCCAUCCGCAUCAGCCUUCCCAUAUCGCAGACGGCUUUUUUGAGGGCGACGACGUCAAGUUCCACUCGCGGCCGUUCCCCCGGGAAGAUGCACAUAUCCACUUCUCUCGAUUAAAGAGCUGGGGAUAUAAUACCAUAAGAUACGUCUUUACAUGGGAGGCGAUUGAGUCGGCUGGACCGGGAAUUUAUGAUGAGGAAUGGAUCCAGCAUACGAUCGAAAUAUUGCGAUCGGCGCGAGAGUAUGGGUUCUAUAUCUUUAUGGAUCCUCAUCAGGAUGUGUGGUCUAGAUUUUCCGGAGGUUCUGGGGCGCCGAUGUGGACUUUAUAUGCCUGUGGGCUCAAUCCCCAGAGCUUCGCGGCAACAGAAUCCGCCCUGGUCCACAAUACAUAUCCAGACCCCGAGAAAUUCCCUAAGAUGAUCUGGUCAACGAACUAUCAGCGACUGGUGUGCGAAACCAUAUUCACAUUUUUCUGGGCGGGGCGAGAUUUUGCGCCUAAGUGCAUUAUUGAUGGACAAAAUAUCCAAGAUUAUCUGCAGAAUCACUUUGUGAACGCUUGCGCCCACCUUGCCAAACGCAUACAUGAGGCUGGAGAUUUAGAGGACGACGUUGUCGUUGGCUGGGAAAGCAUGAAUGAGCCUAAUCGAGGUUUAGUGGGCUGGCCAGAUCUCUUAUCAUUUCCCAGCGAGCAGAAAUUGCACAAGGGUACGUCUCCAACGCCAUGGCAGUCUCUAUUGACUGGCAGUGGAAGAGCGUGCGAAAUAGAAACCUGGGAUUUUGGAGGCAUGGGCCCGUAUAAAUCGGGACGAGCGCUGGUAGACCCUCAAGGAGAAAGUACUUGGCUGCCCGUAGAUUACGAUGAGUCGAGAUAUGGCUACAAACGAGAUCCCGGGUGGAAGCUAGGAGAGUGUAUCUGGGCUCAACAUGGCGUUUGGGACCCCAGCACCGAUACACUACUGAAGAAAGAUUAUUUCCGGAUUAAUCCACGAACAAACGAAGUUGUUGAUUACGAGGUAUUCACCAACACAUAUUUUAUGGAAUACUAUAGGAAACACAAAAACGCAAUACGCAAACACCACAAAGAAUCCAUCCUCUUCUGUCAACCACCUGUCCUAGAGAUCCCUCCAUCAAUUAAGGGGACGGAAGACGAUGACCCAAAAAUGGUGUACGCCCCUCACUAUUAUGAUGGCAUAACGCUUAUGACCAAGAAAUGGAACCGGUACUGGAAUGUCGAUGUAUUUGGCAUUUUGCGAGGAAGGUACUUGAGCCCUGCUUUUGCGGUCAAGCUUGGGGAGACCGCGAUUCGAAACUGCUUCCGUGACCAGUUAGCCGCUAUAAGAAAGGAAGGAUUGGACUACAUGGGUAAUCAUCCUUGUGUUCUCACAGAAUUUGGUAUACCCUACGACAUGGAUGACAAGUACGCCUACAAGACUGGGGACUAUUCAAGCCAGCUAGGAGCCAUGGAUGCCAACCAUUUUGCUGUUGAAGGCAGCUCCAUGGCAGGCUAUACUUUGUGGUUAUAUAUGUGCGAAAACAACCAUCCUAAUGGCGAUUUGUGGAAUGGAGAAGACCUUUCGAUCUUCUCCCUGGACGACCUGCCUCUCCCUCUUGCUCCUAUUCCACUAGCAUCCAUCAAUGCAUCCACGACGACAUUGGAUCAAAAAUUUAGGCCAGCUAGCAGAAAAGAUCUCUCGGAUGGGCAGACUAUUAACCCUGGGAAUCUAAAAGCCAAAUUGAAGACGCCUUCAAUCUCAUCGCAAGCAACAGACAAGCCGGAGCUUACUAACACUCCUGGUUUCCGAGCUGCUGAAGCGUAUAUCCGGCCUUCUCCAAUCGCGACCUUCGGCAAGAUUAUCAAUUAUGGUUUUGAUCUUCGGAACUGCGAAUUCACAUUGCAGCUAGAUGCUCACAAAGCUGUGACGGACGAAACACCAACCGAAAUAUUUUUACCCGAAUUCCAUUUCCCUAAAGACCAAUGCGAUGUUGAGGUCUCAUCGGGCAAGUGGGCCAUAAGCACGGACGAUGGUGAUGCUGGCUUGAUUCAACGACUCAGGUGGUGGCACGUAGAGGGCGAGCAUUCCAUUAAAAUCAAAGGUGUACAACGACGAUCGACAAUGGGGCUAGGAAAUGAGGACGAGGAUGGAUAUUUGGAUCAAUGCCAGCAGACCAGAUGCACUGUCAUGUAG